UCACCCCUCUGGGAUUGAUCAAGAACCAGAAGCAGAGACACGGGUGGGGUUUUGUGGAGGGAGGCGAUAAAGGAGGGGGGGCGAAAGGAAUUGGGACGAGGGAGGGAGGGCUCGCCCUUUUCGAUCAAAAACCCUAGGGUUUUGCGCAGGGCUAGGGUUUGGCUGCCAUGUCUGCGGGGAUCUGCGGGAAGCGCCUAGGGUUGGAGGAAAUCUUCGGAUCUCCGGCGCCGGCACCGUCGGCGAAGAGAUCUCGCUGCUCGCGCUACGGAUCUCCCAUCCGUUCCUCCGAUUUCGGCCUCGGAUCCGACGACAAGGUCUCCAUACUCCUUCGCAUGUUCCCGUCCAUGGAUCGGGAGGUUGUGGAAACUGUUUUAAAGACCCAUGAUCACAAAAUUGAUGAUGCCAUCAAGAGUCUUCAUGCUCUGUGCCUUGGUGAUGAUUCUGCAAGAAUCGAAUCAGCAAGGCUUAACUCUAUUCUCCAAGCAACUGAAAAUGCUGUUGAAGGUGGUAGUAAUUCUCAGACAUCUCAGCAGAAUGUUGAAGGUACUCAGACUGACGGUUUGGGUUCUGAGCCUAAUAUUUCCCAAAAUGUGGUUUCAUGGAUUGAUAUGUUUGUACAAGAAAUGAUGAAUGCCUCAAAUUGGGAUGAUGUUCGAAACCGUGCUAUGAAAAUCUUGGAAACUUUUGAACAAAGUGUUGUUGCACAGACUACAUCAUCAGUGGAGCAGGGCAUUGCUUCUCUUAAAGAGCAAUUGCAGUGUUUGUUGAAAGACAACCAGAUUCUGAGGAGAGCUGUUGCUAUUCAGCAUGAACGCAAUAUAGAGCAUGAGGAGAAGCUAAAGGAGGUGCAGCAAUUGAAGCACAUUAUUGGUCAGUACCAAGAGCAAAUCCGGACAUUGGAGCUGAACAAUUACACAUUGAAGGUACAUCUUCAAAAGGCACAGGAAUCCAGUUCUAUUCCUGGACGGUUCCACCCGGACAUCUUCUAGAGCCCACCUUCGGGGCGUGUAAUUUAUUUUAUAUCAUGGUAUGAACCUAAACCAGAAGAAAUGCGAGACCGGAAGAGCUCCAGUCCAUGUUCGAGCUAGUAAUUGAGCCUUCCUGGUGCUAUGUAUCUCUUCACCAAUCAUGGUUUUCUUCUGCUACAGCUGGUGCAUCCGCAAAUGGGAGGAGUGGGCUCACUAGAUAUACCUUUUUCUUAAAGGAGAUAUUUUGCUUAACUUGUUGUAACAUGCCUCGUGUCAGGGCAUGAUACUAUCUUUUGUUACUGUAUUUGCACUAUAGUUUAGGAGAGUGGAAGUUCCUCCAGCUCUGAAUGCUAUAAGCCUGAAGAUCUGAGCCAUGCAGGGGUGCCAUUAAAAUGUUAGAUUGCCCUCAUUAAUCUAAUGGUUCAAAGAAAGGCUGUUUUGAUCCAUGGACCAGAUUGUAUCUUGAUGUUAAAUAAUUAAAAUAUGUUGUUCAAUAAUUUGUUUGGUUUGUAAUUGCCGAUAGUUUGUACAAGGCAUAUUUAAGAAUGAAAAGAUCUUGA